UCGAGACUGCAAAAAGAUCGUCAACAUGUUGCUGUCAAAGCGGGAUAGUUUGGGUUGGUACCAGAGAUAUUUAUUAGGGAUAAAAUCCCACCAGGACAUGAAGAUUAUUGAAAUACAGAAAUGUGAAGAUAUUCUCUUCACAAUACUUGACAGAGUCCAUCAACAAGACAGCAGAUUCCAGGUAGACUAUUCCAGGGAGCUUGCCUGCUUUGAAUACACUCUCAGGACAGACUUUGAUGAACUAGACAUGGAGGUGCCUCUGAGAUUCAAUGAUUCGUCCUUGAGAAUUGAAGAGAGCUGUGACUCCCCCUAUUCUGUGGAUGGAAUCAUUCAUCAGACCCAUACAAGAAAGGGGUCAGUUUACCUAGCUGUACCAAAGGAAAGUGAAAGCAACUGGCUUGGAAGUGACAUAUUUCACCAGUUUUCUAAAUCAUCCCAGUACAGUGGACAUAUUGUUCCAGGAAAAGUCAUAAGUAUCUUGAAAGAGCUUCUUAAAGGAGCCAUUGUUUACUGUGAGCAGAACUUCUUUCUUAAACCAGGAGAUCUGGAUGCAUCUUUGUUAAAUAUUGACGGUCCCCGGAUAACUCUGCUUCUAAGAAACUUAAUAAAGCCCUUGCGAGUUAAUAUUAUUCCAAUAGUUCGGAGAGCCGUGCAGACAUUUUUGGGGAAUGGAAAUCAGAUUGAGAAAAUCUUUCCAGAGUCACUUAGUCAGGAAACACUCAUGAACAUUGACAUCAGCAAUGCAACUUAUUAUCACUGGAGAUUUUGUUUUGAACGACCAACAAAGAAGUUGCUUGAGAAAGCAGAUGCUGACGGAGGGCAUCGUCUUGAAAGCCUGUGUCUUCUGGACAGAGUUAAGUCCGAUCAUUGGCUUCCAGAGAAAUUCAAGAGAGGACUCACGUUUAAGCAGCUUCAGAUGGUGCUACUCUGGGCCAUGGAGUUUUUUCCAUCUUCAACAGAUUGGGUUGACCUGGAAUCAUCUGUUUAUCGGAUGUUGGUGGUGUUGUUACGGUGCCUUGUGCUCAGGAAUCUCCCCAACUACUUCGUACCUGAGAUCAACGUUUUCCAUGAAGAGUAUCAGCCACAGCUUGAUUUUGACACCAUCUAUAAGAAGGUGGAAGAAUUUGCUGGCUUCCCUGAGAAAAGCCUCCAGAUACAUUUGACCCACCUCCUCCCCAUGCAGCACCGGCAUGUCGACAGUUACGUUAAAAUGUUGCUGCAAAUCCAGGACGCUGAAGGUCUUUACUGGAAUACAGCUUACUUUGACAUUAUUCUGAACAAGUUUCAGGUUUACCAUGUCCAGGAUCCUGACAGAAUUGGAGCCAUGCAACUCGUCUGGUCCAAAACUACCAAACUAGUGAAUGAUUCAUCGUAGCCAUGAACAACCUUCGUCAGCCGAGAACAAAGUUGAUCAUGACCCACGAAGGUGGUUCAGUUUGACUGAUCACGGAAGGCAACACGUCCACAUAUUUUACAGAUCAGAUUAAAAACAAGGCACAUUACUACAGCUGGCACCUCUUACCCUCAGCCAUAGUUACAAAAGAAUGCACCCCACGUGGAGCGUACCACACCCCUAUGGCCACUCUUUCUAUACAAUGAAUCACAAAAGCUCUUAAAACAAUGCUUACUAUAUUUGAACAAAUGAUUAAAGAUAUCAGGAGGUAUGAUGACUUCCAAUCCCUGUCCCUUCACUACAUGGUUUAUACUCAUGCUGAUAAAUCCAAACUCUGUAGUUAUGUCCACACUUUGAAAAGCAAACUGCAAUCUCUUUAUAUAAUGGCCCGGCUUGUACGUGUGAAAUUUUACAUCGAUCAGUUUGAAUUUCUACACUCAAUUUAUAAAACACCCGAGAGUACCUUAAACAAAUCCACGACUUGCAUCGUUGAGGAACAGAGAAGUACUUGCCAAAUAGGUUCCUCUAAAAAAAAUGUCCCUUCAACCUAAACCAUUGUUCCCCAUCUACCAUAAUGGACAGAGCUCUUAAUCACAUUUCAUCUAUUCCCCACAAUUACCUUCUCCAUCCCCACCACUUUCUUGUUUUAUGAUGCAGGAGAUGCAAGUUAUCAAUCCUUUCACCUCUUUCCUUCCCACCAUUAAAGGGCCAGGCAGUCCUUCCAGCCAGUGGUUCACUUGCAUUUCUUUCAUUUGGUGCACUCCAUUUGGUGUUCUUAAUGGGUUCCCUGAGUUACAGACUGGGCCAUCAGUUUGUGGAACACUUGCACUCAUUUCCCAGGAGUGACACUGUUUGUAUGGUUCCCUACCAUUUUAAUCCUCCAUCCCAGUCUCACUCUAACCUGUCUGUAGCCUCCUAUACUGUUAAAACAAACUUGAGGAAAAACUGGUCUAUCAUCUAGUCAUAUUGCAGACUGCAGGACUCAUGAUCCAAUUCUCCACCUUCAGGUAGCUUAUAUUCUCUGCCUGUAUCAAGAUUGGCCAUUUCUGCUCUAAGCCAUACAUCUGUGAUAUUGACUCAGUCUGUUUUUCUCUUCACUGAUACGGCCUGACUUACUGGACAUCAAUAACAACCCUCAUCUAUCCAUGUUACUUGGCCUCAUCCUAUCACAGAUAUUCCUUGUGUCCUAUCCAUUACUCUCCCACCUUCUCUGUGUUUUUCUCUUUUCCAAUGCUGAUGAAGCGUCUUUGACCUGAAAUAUUAAAUCUCUUUCUCUUAGGUGCUGCCGGAUCUAUUGUUUCCAGCAAUUUUUUUUCGUAUUUGUUUUGUAUUUCUAGUAUUUAUAGCUUUUUUUAUUUCAAGUGUUUGAGCCUGUUUUGUAUGUAACUGUACAAGAAUUGACAUUCAGGGGCAAGUUAUCUAUUGCCAGGCAAGCUUAAGUUACUUCUCUUCUCUGUAGUUACUGUACAUAUACAGGUGCUGUCACUGUGAUACAUAAACUAUCUAGUACUUCUUUUGUGUAUAUUGUACAUAUGUAUAUAAGAACUGUCUUCUAUCCUGUUGCACAUCAUGAUGAUAGAAUGAAAUGUUUCCUUUAAGCUAAGUACACUGUAUACAUUGAGAAGCCAUCCCUAUGGCUCUCACAAUCUGUAUGGCAUCAGGUAGAAAUGAACUGUUCCUUGUUAUUUUUUAUGUCUUAUAUAUAAUUGUGUCCUAAAUGUAAUGAUUGAAGCUUCAUUGCUUUGAACCUUGGAAUCACACAAGGAAAGCUGUGAGAAUGAGGAGAGCUGCUCUAGUUUGGAAUCUGUUGGUUGAAACUGUGUAAUGUCAACUUUGGUGCACACUGUUAAAAUUAUUGAUGAUUAGAUGGAACACCUAUCUCAUUCCUUGCAGUAUUAACACCUUCAGUGUUCUUGGAUGAUUAACAGUUAGACUAUGGUUAGAAAUGACAAGAUUGAGC